UGGUCACUGUCGAAGGCGAUGUGUGAUGUGUGGACGUCUAGUGAUGUGCUACUCUGCACCGCCAGCAUUCUCAACCUCUGUGCCAUCAGUAUAGAUCGGUACCUGACCAUUACCCGCCCUUUCGAGUACGCCGCAAAACGUACCCCCUCCAGAAUGAUCCUGAUGAUCAUGAGCGUCUGGGUGACCUCAGCCCUCAUAAGCAUUCCCCCGCUGUUUGGCUGGAGGGCCGACCCACCUCCGGGUCACUGCGAGUUGAGCCAGGACGUCGCCUACCAGUUCUACGCCACGGUCGGGGCGUUUUAUUUACCCCUAUUUGUCAUGGUGACGGUCUACUACAAAAUCUACAUCGUAUCA